CUCCCGUCUCCUCCCCUCCCCUCCCCUCCCCUCCUUGCGGGCCUCUUCCUGGGAAGAGGAAGGUGUGGGAGUCAUAGGGAGGGACGCGCGAUGGCAGCGUCAGUGGCAGGAUCGGCUGCUUCCUCCUCCGCUCCUGACGCCGUGCGCUGGUUUCCUUUGAGAAGCACCCAGAAGCUAGAGCCCAUUGUCACACCUGUGGGGUUCCACAGGACACACAGACGUGGGGGCCUGGGAACAGGCGACAGCACUCUGAUCAGAGCGAUGGUGUCCUGCUCUGAAAUGAAUCUGCUGGAUAUCAGAAGAGGAUUCCUGACCAUGUAUGGGAAGUCUCUCUACUCCUUCAUGAAGAUGGCAUCAGCAGGACCUGUUGUGCAUGAGCUUCCGUCUCUGGGGAGGAGCCCCGCGAAGCCCUCGGCCGUGUCAGAUUUGGAGGUGCGGAGCAACUGAGGAAACGCAGAACGCACCUGCGUGUGCCGAGUGGACAUUCACGGCAAUUUGUAAAAGACAGCGGUGAUUUUUAGAAGGGAAUAAUUAAACUAAAAGGCUGAUGACUUUC